AUGGGUCGGGGGCCGACGAUCGAGGGCGCCUCACGGCACCACGACGGCCGGGAGCGGCGGCCAUAUGUCGGCCUCUCGUCAGAGCCCCAGAUCGGGGGCGGCUCGUGGAGCUUCUCACUCCACAUCAGUUGCGAACCAACUCCUUCAAUCAACAACAUCGCCUCAGUGGAGAGGUUCAGUUCAGCUGUCAGCAACACUGUGCUGACGCUGCGCGCUCUGAACCACUACAAUGAUCUGAGAGCCAUCGAGAACCUGCGUCGAGUAGCAUUGAAGCUUCCUGCGGAGUUGUCCUACCAGUGGGGACGAGAAGUGCAUCAGAUGCAUCCCAAGCAGCCCGAUCUGGAGAUCUUCAGCAAGUGGCUGGAGACAGAGACUGCCAUCUUGAGAAACUCGGCCAACCACAACCGCGAUCCAGAAAGAAAAAGGCCAUCCGCGAGUGCACGGGAGACCUCGGCGCGACGAACAACUCUGACUACGUCGGCCACGUCUUCCCAGACGGAAAACAACCGACGUCGCUGGUUCUGUGUCCUGUGCAAGGAACAGCACAAGCUUCAGGAUUGCACGGAGUUCAAGUCGAAGAUGGUGGAGGAGAGGCUGGUCGUAGUGAGCAAGGAACGGCUGUGUUGGGGCUGCCUGAACAAGGGCCACUUCAUGAGGGAUUGCCGCUCUGCAAGACGAUGCAACUUGAAUGGAUGUAAUGCAUCUCAUCACCGACUCAUACAUGUGGACAGAAGCGCUGCUGGUGAUAAAGAAAACCAAACAGAACCAAAAACAGAGGCACGAGGAGGAAGUCGCAUCGUUGGCACGGCUCUCACAGAGACGACAGACACACUGCUGCAGUUGGUGCCGGUGCGGAUUCACGGCCCAAACGGGGAGAGAGACGUAGUAGCACUGCUGGACCCGGGAGCGCAGACAUCGCUCUGCUGUGAAGAUGUCCUGGAAGAGAUUGGGGUUCCAGGAGUCCGAGAGAAUCUGCAGCUACAGAACAUCGAAGGAAGUGGUACCAGACAGUCGUCUCUUCGAGUUCAGCUGACGGUCAGUCCUCUGAGCACAGCGACCAGCAGAAAUCGAAUCGUCGUGCCCGAGGUGUGGUCUGUGCCAAGCUUGAACGUGGCCCCACCCAGCGUGAGUAGCAAGCAGCUUCGCAGCUGGAAGCACUUGCAGGACCUGGACCUACAGCAGUACAACGGCGCACACGUCGAGCUUCUACUUGGUGCCAACAUUCUGGAAGCUGUGCUGCAGCGAGAGGUCAGGGUGGGAGGCCCCGGAAUGCCCGUCGCUAUCCGGACAGACUUUGGCUGGACCCUGACGGGAUCGAUAUCCACCCUGAUUCCAAGCACAAUGCGGCAAGUCAUGUUCGUGCGUCAACGUGCUCCCGAAGACGCUCUGGAGGGUCUGCAAGAGUUGGUCCAAGACUGGUGGACGACCGAGGCCUUCGGCACCAUGAUCAACAGCUCUGAUGCACGAUCUCAAGAAGAUCUCAGAGCUAUGCGAAUCUUGGAUCAGCAGACCAGGAAGGUGGGGGACAGAUAUGAAGCUGGACUUCUGUGGGGUGAAGACGAACCGAUGUUGCCGGACAACUGGAACCAAGCGUACCGACGUCUUCAGUCCAUCGAGAGGAAACUCGACAAGCAGCCAGAACUGGCUACAAGGUACCAAGCCAUCAUCGACGGAUAUGUGAAGGAUGGUCACGCAAGGAAGCUUUCAGCAGAAGAAGCGGACGAACCGAAGGAGAAGCGUUGGUAUCUGCCACACCACGCAGUAGUGAACCCGAACAAGCCAGGGAAGCUGAGAAUCGUCUUCGACGCUGCGGCAACAUACCAAGGUGUAUCACUGAACUCGAAGCUCAUCACAGGUCCAGAUCUACUACAAAGCCUUCCUGGGGUGAUCAUGCGCUUCAGGGAAGGUCUGAUCGCUGUGACAGCGGACAUCAAGCAGAUGUAUCAUCAGGUGAGGAUCCGGACAGAAGACCAGCCUGCAUCGAGCUUUCUAUGGCGAGAUAUGGAGCGACACCGCAAGCCUGACGUCUAUCUGAUGGAGGUGGUCAUCUUUGGCGCGAAGUCAUCACCGGCAACGGCCAACUACGUGCUGAGAAAGGCACUUCUGGACUAUGGAGUGGAGACAGACAAGGUUCUCAGCAGAAGUCCCGAGCAACUGGCAAAGUCGUUCUACAUGGACGAUUGCCUGUUCUCUUGCAUGACGGAAGACGCCGCCAAACAGUUGUACGCUGACGUGAAGGAGGCACUGGAAAGAGGAGGAUCUCACCUCACGAAGUGGAGAAGCAGUUCCCCCGCUGUGCUGAAAGGUGUUCCAGAGAGUGAGAGAGCCAGCGCCUCUGCGAGCCUAUGUCUCAGGAGCUCGCACACCGCUGAAAAGACGCUGGGCAUCGCAUGGAAGGAAGACGAGGACACAUUGGGGUUUCGUCUCCAAGCCAAAGAAGUGAGUGCAACCAAGCGUGGUGUGCUCAGCAAAGUGUCAACAAUCUUUGACCCUCUGGGGAUUGCUGCUCCUGUUACCGUGAGAGCAAAGAUGAUGAUGCAGCGACUCUGGUGGAAACAUCUGGAGUGGGACGAGCCACUACCCGAACCUGAGCUGAGCCAAUGGUUGGAGUGGCUGAGUGAAGCAGAGAAGCUGAACGAAGUCGUGAUGCAACGCUGCGUGAACCCCAGCGGCCCAGGGACACUGCGACGCCAACUUCAUGUGUUCUGCGAUGCGUCAGAGAGUGCGUUCGGCGCUGUGGCAUACUGGAGGACAACUUCGAGCGAUGGGUUACACCACUGUCGCUUCCUGAUCGGCAAGUGCCGAGUCGCUCCACUGAAGCGACUAUCAAUUGUCCGUCUGGAGCUGCAAGCAGCCGUUCUUGGAGCGCGUCUGGUGGCUACCGUCCUCGGUGAGAUCACUCAGCCACCGGAUGACAUCUUCUGCUGGACGGACAGCAAGGUCGUUCAGCAGUACCUUGGUAAUGAAACCCGACGGUUCAAGACCUUCGUGGCCAACCGACUGGCUGAGAUUCACGAGCUGACCCAUAACGCGUGCUGGCUCCACGUUCCUGGGAAGCUCAACCCCGCUGACGACUGUUCCAGAGGGGUUUCGGUGCUCAUGCUCAGUCAGGACGGCAGGUGGCUGACGGGUCCCACCUUCUUGAGGGAGGACGUCAGCCAGUGGCCACCUCAAGAGGAGCUAGCCCAGCUGGCACAGGAUGAAGAGAUGCGGGACGCGCUGAUAUUCACGACUACCAAGUGCACAUCAGAGGAACCGAUUCCAGCGAGGUUUUCAUCCUGGGGGAAGUUCAAGCGAGUCGUUGGAUGGAUGAUGCGCUUUACGCGCAACAUGAAGGCGUGUCUUUCAGGACAGCUGCCGAAGGCCACCGGACCACUCUCACGUUCGGAACUGCAAGCAGCGGAGGUGUGGGUCGUUGCCAGGGAACAGGCGCAGUCCUAUGCUGAAGAAGUGCGCUGUCUGACGCAGCAACGGCCGCUGCCUUCGUCCAGUUCUCUGCUUCCUCUGGCCCCGUUUCAGGACGAGGACGGCCUGAUCAGAGUCGGGGGACGCAUCGGCAAGGCGGCCACCGUGACGGAGACGGCGUCCCACCGGCGCGCGCCCGUCGACCCACCCACCUCCAGCAGCAUCUUCAUCUUGGACACAGGCGGCGGAGGAGACACUCUGGCCGUCACCGAGGCACUUCAGCACGCCCUGCGUGUGCCCAUCCUGGUCGAGUCCAAGGCGCUGCCGCUCGACUCCAACCGUAACCCGGUGCUGUCGGACGAGUCCACUGCGGGGGGAGGUCGCCUCAGCCUGACCACAGUGCUGGCGAGGAUCGGGCCCGACGACUCUGCGCGAGCCGCUCUCGACCUGAUGACGGUCACCUACCAGCAGGCCCAGCAGCUGGUGGAACAGUCGGACGAAUCAGAGGACCUGGAUGAGCUUACCAAGAUCGACUGCCAACGACAACAGCAGCAGCAGCAGCAGCAACAACACAGCCCACAUCAGCAGCAGCAGCAGCAGACUCCCAACAAGCCACUGAGUCCUCCGCGUUCCUCGGGUCCCCAACACUGUCAG